AACCACCUAAUUUAUCCCCAUAGUUGCAUCAAAUCUUGUAGCUUAAUUGUAUCCACAAUGAGCUUCUUCAAAACUUUUCCGGUCCUUUUCUCUAUUUUGCUGAUUUCUAUAAUUUCCAGUUCAGUUCAUGCAGCAAAUUUUGCAAUUAAAAACAACUGCCCUUACACUGUCUGGGCAGCGGCUGUUCCUGGUGGCGGCAGGCAACUUGGCUCAGGCCAAUCUUGGUCCCUCGAUGUGAAACCCGGCACUGCUGGAGCUCGAAUUUGGCCUCGAACUGGUUGCCAGUUCGACGGAGCCGGUCGCGGCCGCUGCACCACCGGAGACUGUGGUGGCGUACUCCAAUGCCAAGGCUAUGGUGUACCACCCAAUACUCUAGCAGAGUAUGCCCUAAACCAAUUUAGUAACUUGGAUUUCUUUGACAUAUCUCUCGUCGACGGGUUCAACGUGCCGAUGGAAUUCAGCCCAACUUCCGGUGGGUGCCGAGGGAUCAGAUGUACGGCUGAUAUAAACGGGCAGUGCCCUGGUCCCUUAAGGACAAAUGGAGGGUGUAAUAACCCCUGUACUGUGUUUAAAACGCUCGAGUAUUGCUGCAAUAAUAUAAAAUGUGGUCCUACAGAUUAUUCAAGGUUUUUUAAGCAACGUUGUCCUGAUGCUUAUAGCUAUCCUCAAGAUGAUCCGACCAGUACCUUCACUUGUCCCGGAGGAACUAAUUAUAGGGUUGUCUUCUGCCCUGGGAAUUCUAAUGGGAAUCCCAACACAGUAGCAGAUAUCUAGUAUUUAUUUUAAGUGUAAUUUUGAUGUAAAAGUUUCAAGUUUGGUUCUUCUAUCUUAUAUCUAUCUAUAAUAAAGAAGAAUUAAUAAA